CCUCAGUAACACUGCGAGGGAGGCUAAAUAGAGCAGUGAGCUUCAUGGUGGAGCAGGGGUUGGGAUUUGGUUUCUCCAAGGCUUGCUAGGUGCCUGUGUGCCCUCACUCUUGCAAGCUUCUUCCCUGCAGGUUUCAGCCAUGUGGCUCUACCUGGCUGCCCUGCUGGGGCUUUACUUCCUUCGCCGGUGGUACCAGGAGAGACAGACAGUGGAGAACCUGACGGAGAAAUAUGUCUUCAUCACGGGGUGUGACUCUGGCUUUGGAAACCUACUUGCCAGGCAGCUGGAUGCCCGGGGCCUGCAAGUGCUGGCAGCCUGUCUCACGCAGAAGGGGGCAGAGCAGCUGGACAAGGUCACCUCAGAGCGCUUGAAAACCACCGUUCUGGAUGUCUCCAGUACAGAGAGCGUGGCGGCAGCGACGGAGUGGGUGAAAGAACAAGUGGGGAACAAAGGUAGCUUUUUGUUCUGUUGUUUCCAUGCUCUGGAUCAGGCCAGGGAUUAUCUGUAUCAUCAUCUGCUUAUCUUUACUCCACUUUCCCACAAAAUGUGGCCAAAGUGACUCCCAAUAUAUCAAAUGAACAAGUACUAUUCAAAAAAGUUAUUAGAAACAAUUAAUCCAGGCUUCUGGUUUCCAGCCGUGAGAUAUGGCUGCCUCCCAAGAGAUCGAACCCUCAGUCUUGCCAGUAAUUCAGGGUUAAUAUGAAGGUAAUUAGCCCUGCUGACCCCCCCCCCCCGGGUAGGGGAGGCUGUGCGACCCUCAGAUCGUCCAUUAUCUGCCCUCCGCAACAAGAUGUGGGGGCAGGGGUGCAGGGUGAUGACCACGGCAAAAACUGGGAACCUUCCAGAAACAGUCUCAUGAGCUGGGGGUCCCUGUGUUCUCAAAAUUAUGAAAAUUUGGACUAAGAAACAGGCAUGUUCUGGAAAGAAGAUAAAAAAGAUCUGCUAAACGAACCAAAAUUUGGAUGUCACGGUUUUGAAAAGGACUCUAUCGUUGUGUUUUCAUUAAUGUGAGGUGCGUGGUUAUUUUUCCUUCUAUAUAUCUACAUCUAGUCUUCUAUGCCAAACUUCACCAAGAAAGAACAAACAUUAAACGGAAUACAGGCAGAUUUCCAAUUGUAAUUAGUUAUCUGGCUGUGCAGCCCUCGUUUGAAGUUCUAAUUUGACUUAGCAAAAGAUAAAGGAGUUGAGAAAAUGGUGUCCAUUAGCUGUGGUGCAGAAGGAAAAACUUCCUUCUGAGAGAGUGGGGGGAAAUUUUUUGGGACUACAAUAUGGGAAAUGUUUCACGAAAAACAGUGCAUUUGUUUGCAUGGAUUAUUAUUAUAAAAGGUGAAAGUGAAGGUGAAGCUGGCAUUUGGCAGGGCCCCCCCCCCAGGGCCCGGGGGGGAGGUGUGGACUCUGGAAAAAGCCGAUCAAUUGCCAAAUGAUUGCUGAAAGUGAAAUAUACCCUAUCAUGUUGAUUUUCUACAAAAAACUUUGGAAUAACAGCUUCUUAAACAACUUGAGAGCUCACGGCAUCAUUCAUCUUCAAAUGAAGCAGGGAAAACAGUGAGUAAAAUUUUACAAAAACUAUGCAAUCAGUUUAAUUCAACCUCUAUAAGAAGCUUCUAGGGUUGCCAACUGAUCUGAAAGACAUUUGCUUUGUGCCUUUGACAGCAGCUUAUUCUGUGACAUCAGCAGGUGAAGCUCCUUGUGGUGUGAAGAGAAACAUUGACACCUCAUAAUGUCCACUGAUCAAGCUGCUCUUUAAAGCACAUGUAGGAAAAGCCAUAAGUGAUGGUACAAACUGGUAACUUUAACUCACACUCAGGUGAUGCUGGACUCUGAAUUUUUCCUCCUAAGAGCAGCUGGGAGGAGCUGCAAUCCACACCAGGAAAAUGACUCAGAAGGAGGAGAUAUGUGUUCCCUUUCUUCAGAAAUGCUGCCUACAGUGGCUGCUGAGACUGAGACAAGAAGGGAGAUUAUUGUACUAUUGUUAAUAAAUGAUAUAAAUCAUUUAUUAAUGAUACAAACCCCUCUUUCUUAGUUAUUCCUCUCAUCACCUCUCAUAAACACCCUCUCAGUGUUCCAUACAUGCUAUAUUCCACACGUAUGAUGUCUUAUUAAUUUUAUCUUUUUCACUAGCAAAAUCCCUAUAAAAUCUCCUAACCAACCUGUGCAAAACGUAGGCCCAAACUACAGACUCCAUUCUCUGACAGCAUGCAGGGAAAUCAGGUGGCUGCUGUGCAAAUUGAUGCCCAGGGCUCCAUACUAUCCUCCACUGCAGUGCUGUGCUCAUUUGACAGAGGGAAAUGACGGAAGUUGCAAGAGUGUCUGUGCAGGGAUCCUUAGCACUAAGUGAGCAAAAGAUGUGUGGGAUAGAAGUUAAGAUGGGUGCCUUGACUUAACAGCGUCAUCCUUGGCAUAUAGUGCAUAGCACACACACACACACAGCACUCACAAGAAUGCAGAUAUAGCCACAUUUCCAAAGAAUAGUGUAUAUCCAAUUAUUAAGGCUGGUGGGAACCUGGAACAAUAAGAAUAUUUUUUUCUUCUCACACAGGGCUCUGGGGUUUGGUGAACAAUGCAGGCACUGGUGCCCCAUCAGCUCCCUGUGAGUGGCUGACCAAAGAUGGCGUUGCAAAGAUGAUUGGUGUCAACUUUCUUGGGAUGAUUGACAUGACGCUACACAUGCUGCCCCUGGUGAGAAGAGCCAGAGGGAGGGUGGUCAACAUGUCCAGUAUGGCGGGACGAUUGGCAUGCUUUGGAGUACCCUAUGCCGCAUCCAAGUACGGUGUGGAAGCCUUCUCUGACAUCCUGAGGUAAACAUGAUAGUUCUGUAUCUUCCUCUUUCUCCUUGCUUUAGUGGGAUGUCUGCUUCUCCAGCUAAGUUUCAAGCAGAGGACAGCAAUGAAUAAAGAGCAGGUGCUGGGACAUGUGGACUGCACCAGAGACUUACCAAGUAAUCAGCAGGGGUUUGCACACCUAGGUCAGCUCUUUUCCUUGAGGAAACAAUUUAAUGUACCAGCAAGAGUUGUAAGCACCAACCUCCUGGCGGCUGCCUCUGAAUAUGCCUGAUGCCGGGUCAUAGACAAUGCCCUGGUGCCUCAAGACAGAAGAAGACAGGAAGCUGCAUUUCACCACAUCUCCCUCUCUCCCUUCUUUCUUCUUCUUCUUCUUCUUCUUCUUCUUCUUCUUCUUCUUCAAGGAAAGAUGUUCUAUUCCAUGGAAGCCAAAUCAUGAUCUUUCUUAUUAUUCUGGUUCAGUAAGAAGACGUGUUUCUUGAUUUUUCCUCCUCAAUUCAGGCGAGAGAUGCAUCCUUUCGGGGUCCGAGUCAGCAUUAUUGAACCCGGUUCUUUCAAAACACCCAUUCAGUCAAAGACGGUAGAGAGCUACAAGAAUGAAUGGAGCCAAGCCCCUUCUGAGAUCAAGGAAGCCUAUGGGCAGCACUACUUUGAGCACAGUGAGUAGAAAUGGGCAGGGGGAAGAAUUCAGUUUGGUUUGCAAUGUGCGAAAGCACACAACUAUUAUAACGGCAAAGCCUGCAAUUAAAGCAUGUGCUAAUAAGUCACACUGUUGCACUGGAACACACACACAGAGAGAGAGAGAGAGAGAGAGAGACCCUGAGACCCACCAGGCUAAAUUGCUGGUUUCCAAAUCCAUAGCUAAACACGCUAUGGCUUAGGGUCCCACUCUCUUGGGGCCCCCAAAAAAAUUUAAAGGAAAAAAACCUAGAUGUACAUUUCCAAAAUAUAAGACAAAAACAAAUCAAAUAAAAUACUUCAAUAAAAUAUUUAUUUUCUUAUGUGCAAAUGGCUUUAGAUACCUGUUAGGUCCAUAAAUUACCAUAUAGCAUAUAUUCAACACAAAAAACAGUGACAAUUGUUGUUGACAAAGGACAGCUGGACAAGGGCCCCAAUAUCUUCAGUAGCCUAGGGCCUCAUCAAACCUAAAUCCGGCCCUGCCCGAGACAGAGACAAAUCCUGGGUUGCCUGCCCCUGAACCCGGCGUAUGGCGACCCUCACCUAGAUACAACUCUCAAGCCUCACUUACAGCCUGAAACACAAUGUCUAAUCCUCUGUUGAAAAAGGUUCCAUCUUAAAGCAACAGAAAAUGCUCCCAAUGCUCCUCCUUAGAUUUAGACCUCCUAGGCAGAGCAAUCCAGAAGCUAACAUAUCUCUUCAGAACCCAAAAUAUUUAGAUUAUCUCCUGCGGAGGUAUAGGGCAGCAUAGAAAUCAAAUCAAUAAAUGCAAAAUAAAUACAUACAUGUUUUUGCAUCACUAAGUUUUCUUUUCUUUCCUAUAUCCCACACACAGGUCUCAAAUUAUUAAAAUUCUGCCGCUUCACCGGCAGCAGCAACUUUCAACCGGUCACGGACUCUAUAGAACAUGCCCUGACCUCCUGCUCCCCUCGCAUCCGCUACUGUCCAGGAUGGGAUGCCAAACUCUUAUACGUUCCUCUCUCUUACUUGCCAGUCUCCAUUCUUGACUUCCUGUGGAGAUGCAUUUGGCCCAAACCAGCACAAGCCGUGUAGAAUAUUCUGAAGAAACAUGUCAGUUCUCCAAAUGAACCAAGGAAGUCUUUGCACUAUUAACGAUGUUCCGUUGUUUCUCUUUUCUGAAGUUCUAAACCAGUGGUUCUGAUACUUUUCUUCCCACGGACCACUUGAGAAUUGCUGAAGGUCUUGCUUGACCAUGGUAGGGUGCUCAGUGAUUUUUAAUUGUAGUUUAUUUCUACUUUUAUAUCUUU